CUGACGUGAGCAGUAGUCAGUACUCUUUGCUGUAGAUCUGUUCCACCAUCUACCUCAUCCUCUUCCGCACCCAUCGGACUGCCUGGUCAGAAGACUACAACUACAAAGCACAAGUAACCAACCGUUUUUACUUCCUUGUAGUUGUAUGACUGUACGUUCGUAGCGGCUACCAAAAAGCCUCUCAUAUCCUGUGUGAGUUCUUGGAACAACAGCCCAGGACUCGGCAGGAGUAUAGUAGGGUACAAGCGUCUGCAUGCAUGCAGGCGCGUAGAAAGUGGAGAAGAAAUCUGACUCUCCGGCUCCGGGGAGGGCUCGGAAUCGCCGUGCGCGCGAUCUACACUUUAGCGAGGUACUAGGUGUGAAAGUAGCGUUAGUUGGAACACCUGACCGACUUCUCAGCGAUCCGGGACCUUGCCGGCACGAGCUGUGGAAAGCCCGAAAUCACAGAAGAUCUCCUUAGGACAAGUGCCGGUGGUUCAGGAUGAGAGCUAGCUCCUAGAUCUUUCCCAUUGUCCUAAGUGCUGCACGUGUCAGUUUUGCCAAGGCUGUAGUGGAGCUGUGGAAAUACUCGUCUGCAACUGGCUAUCUUUCAUGUAUUACUACAUUACAUUUUGUAGUCUUCUAGCUUGACAUGGACGUCAUUGCCUGCAGCAAGCUCCAGGGUAGAUGAACCAGCGUCUCUGAGUCUGAGGCUCUACUGUGUGUUUGGAGUUUCGGUGUUGCGAAUAGCGAGCUGGCAGUUUCACCAACCUCACCCGCAAACUAGCGCAAUGGAGUCGGUACACGCGUCAGUGGACCAGGAUGAGUUGUUGACUCCGGUGGCCAUGGAAAUCACGUCCAGUGAUUCUUCUCCGUUGUCAGUAGGUUUCAGAAGCAAUAGCGGUGGUGACCUGACGGAACUGUUGUCGGAACGGAACAGGAAACUGCUGAGCAAAAAGCGACCAAAGUCUCCAUUGGCGGGCGACAGUGAAGGGUGUUCUCACCCAAGCUCAUCUCCGCCAGUGGCUAGCAAGAAGAAAGGCCAUGGCAUCUUUCGCGGCAAGAAACGCCAACAUGGCAGAGGCACAGCGGUAGUUGUUGAUACUGGCGCUGGAAUUGAAUGUGGAACAGCAAUGUCUCCAUCGGCAGCCAGUACUCUGGAUCGAAGCGUCGCCUCUCUUACCUACUCCAACCACACUGUCCUUGACAGCGAUUCGGCAUUGGCAACACCCAUGCGGGAUUGCACAUUGAAUGGAGAUUAUGAUGAUGGUGACGUUGCCAAUGAACGACAGCAAGGGCAAUCAGUGGAAGAUGGUGGUCACGCUCGAUUGGAGCAGAGCUACCAAGCAAACCACAACAGCCUCUCGUCAUUGGUGGCGAGCGAAGUCAACUACUCUCUGACUGCGGCACUGAGCAAAUGGAGUCAGAAGCACCCACAGCAUGCCAGGUCCUUGUCGCGUAACACAUCCGUGCGGUCAUUUUCACGAGCGACGGAAUACGGUGUUAACGAGAUGGAGCUGCAACAUGCCAACCCUCACGCCGCCAGUGAUGGUACUGGAUUAGGAUACCCAAGCACACAGCAUGCGCAGUCUGCAGACAUGCAGCAAGAGCAACACCAUGACACCACCUCCUUUCAGACAACAGCCUGUCCUGGAGAACAUGCCGAUGACUCUGAAAUCAAGGAGGCGCCGCACACCGCCGGAGCAGGGCUCAACUCUACGUUGCUCAAUCCAGGUCAAGGUGAGCCUGCGGACUCUCUAAGAUUACCAUCUCACUCUCCAACACCAAGCGAACCGCCGCCGGGCAGUCGGCGAUCAUCGUCACGGCUCCUUGACGCCUUCCGCUUCCGUAACCCCAGCCCAAGUGGAGAUGCCUCGGAAGGCAGUAUGGGAAGGCCAAGAUCACGUACCCUGGGCAUGCCUGCAGUUCUCCAAGGCUUGAUGAGCAGGAGAGCUAGUAAGGCAUCCGGGGCCGGAAGCUCGGCAAGGCACACACCGAAGGCCUUCAUGGGAAGCCGGCACAGGGGUGACGAGGAGCUGUUCGAUGGUCCGGAGGACUCGAACCUCAUGCGCAUGGUGGAGGAGAAAAUGACCAUGGAAGGACUCAACAAGAAGAAGGCACUGGUAGCGGCUCGUGUGGAGCGUAUGGUAGACAUUCACGGCGGGGAAGAUCACGCCAUGUACUUCAUACUUGACAAAUGUCGGCAGGAGGGAGAGGCCAUCAUCCUACUGCAGCAUCUUAUAACCCAUGGAGUUGAUGUCAAUGCGCCAGAUGACACUAAGCGAACUUCGCUGCAUGUCGCAGUCGACAGGAAUUUUGUGCACGUCGCCAAGGUGCUUCUCACUAACGAUACCUCUGCCGAGCUGACAGAUGGUGAAGGUCGACUGGCUGUGGAGUAUGCACUGGACGCCAGGCAGGACGAAAUCGCUGCACUGCUCCUGAAGCAUAUGAGCAAUGAAAGAGUGCGGACACUUUUCGAACCACAACCGCAGGAGGGUGGAGAGUGGGAGAGGCAGAAGUUCAACUUCUACAACUUGAUUUCAGAACCAUCCGAUAUGCCAAAAAGUGCUGAGGCCGUGCUGGACAGCUUGGUUGACCCCACGCAAGUACCGGAUCAGUAUGACUUUCACUUCACCAUACUGGAGAGCAACAGCGAGGGAGUCAGUCCGUUCCAGAGCAGCUUCUCGCUGGGCUGCAAGAGCAUCUUUCAUCGGCUACUUGAAAUCGAGGGUCUUCGUGAUCACAGCGUUGUCCGCACCCUGAUCCACCACAAGUGGACCCACUUCGGCGAAACCAAGACCUACAAGAACGUGAUGUUCUACUUCUUGUUCGUCUUCAUCACCAGCUUUGCCUUCAUCUCCGCCGGUCGUCAGCGGGCUGAGGGCUUCCGCGUCGUGAACGUAUCCGACAAUGAGAGCUUGAUGUUGGAUUACGAGCUGGGAGAUCCACGCACAUAUCCAGACGUCGAGUCCUACUUCCGUGCAAUCUGCGAAGUUUUGAUUAUCAUUGGCACCCUGAACAACUUAUACCAGGAGAUCCGGGAGAUGAUAACGUCAGAACUACUGGAUUACUGGACGGACAAAUACAAUUACGUUCAGCUGUCAACCAUAUCACUGUUCUUAGUGCUAAUCCCGCUGCGCUGGACUGACACGGAUGUUCAGUGGUAUGUGGCAGCCUGCACGUACAUGGUGGUAUGUCUGCGAACUCUACAACUGAUUUCAGUAACAAAGGUGGUUGGUAUCUACCUGCAGAUCCUGAUCGAGAUUGUCAAGAAGGACGUCUCCAAGUUCGCUAUCAUCUUCUCCAUCUUCUGGAUCAUGUUCAGCGGCAGUACAUUCCUAGUCCUCGUGGGCACAAAGAAUGCGAGUGGCACAGUAACAGGCACAGAUCUGGAUAAGAUCUCUGAUACCGGAUCCUACUCACACAUCCUACUGUCGGGCCUACGUAUGAUGGUGCAAGCUGAAUCAGUUGUUGAUGAAUAUCAAACCAAGUUACACUGGCUGGCUGUGGUGAUUCAAAUGUUCUUCCUGUUCACACUGUUGAUCGUGAUCCUCAACAUCCUCAUCGCCCAGUUGAGCGACACAUACCAGAGGGUCAAGGAGAAUGCGCAGCGCACGUUGGAGCAGAACUGGGCAAGUGCCCUGCGAAACCUGGAGCAAACCAAAGAUUUAGGGGAGCGACGGUAUCGCUCCUUUGAAGCAUUCGUGACUAAAGAGAAUCCAGAGGUCUACCUGAUUACCUGGGAAAAACCGGUGGAUCUUUCGGAGCAGCGAGAGGGCGAGCGGAGACAGCGUUAUGUUGAGCAGCAACUUGCCAAGCAGGAGCAGCAGCUAGUUGCCAUUCGGAGCCAGCUACGUAAGUCCUUGGGUAUGCACCAAGACGAUCAGGUAGCCCAACGACAGAUGGAGGACACGCUGAAGGAGAUGGUGCGCCAGCAGCUGCCGGAGGUGAUGGAGAACAUCGUUCACCGCAACACCGACGAAGUGAUCCACUCGAUCGGCGGCACGACUGCGCGCAGUGCACGCGAGAUCGAGGAGCACGUGCACCAGCGUGUCGUCCAGGAGGUGCUCGGCAUGCUGGAGCGUACCACGGAGGAUGUGGUGGCUCGUGUCAGCGAUAUGAUGGUGUAUGAGCCACCGCUGUAGACAGCGCCGUAACAAGAAAGUAAAGUGAAGCGGACGCAGAACCGUAGACACCGGGCAUGUUUAUUAACUACACGCUUGAACUGUAUAUAAUGCAACUUGGUCACUGUGAGUUCUGCCAAACGUUCGCCUUUCACUUUACCCUCUUUUCAACCUCUCUUCGAAUGCAGGCACAAUCGGCAAGUGAUUGUGUGUACAAGUAUGCUUGCUACAGUACCAAUGCAUUUCUACCACUACAAAUAAUACCGAAAUAAAGCAGCCAUGAGUACAGGCGUGCAUGCUCGAAUGCUGAUAGGGGGAAACCUCGAUCCUCUUAGGUGAUUAUGUCGCCUUUUCACCGCUGCUGGGCCUGCUAGUGCAUGCAGUUGUGUCGUUACAUCGCCUUCUUCUCUUUUUCAGCAACGUUUCACUGAAUGCCUCUUUUAAUAAGAAUCUAAACUUGAAAAUAGGUAACUGUAGUUGACCCAAGUAUAUCAUUAUAAUAUACCGAUGUAAUUGAGUUAAACCUUUAAAGCAGUAGGGAUGGAUUGCCUGUCUCUAGCAUGCUAAUAUUCUGAUGAUGAACCUUAGUGGUCAGGGCUGUGCACAUGCAUUUUGCUGACGACAUGGCUGUCUUCUUCCUCUUGCCAGCAACAUUCUUCCUAACGCAACAUUGGAAAAAAACCCAGUAUAAUAUUAUACUUCAGAA